UACUCCUCAAACAGGACCACUUGCAUACCAAAGUUAAUAAGCAACAGAAAACCAGGAAAACUGCCUUAUAUAUUUAUCUCCAUUCGCACUCUAAUCUAAACACCUUCCACUUUCUCUCUUAAGUUUUUUUGUUUCCCUUGUCAAGCCAAAGGCUAUAUAUGGCUACUGCAAUAUCAGCAACUUCAAGCUCUCUAAGACACCGUUUCGGCCAAGUUUCUUUCCCAACUCCAAAAUCCAAUAACUCCACAACCAUACACACUUUAGUCUAUGGAACAAAGGGUUUUUCUUUGAGAAAAAACCAGCACUUAAGUAUAUGUUUGGUUAUGGACAAGAAAGCAGAGGAGUUUCUUGAUGUUAUGGACAAACAUGAAAAUGAUGUCAACAAGAAACAACCCUUGAAUUCACGUGUAGAGAGGAAACUAGCAAGGAAAAAAUUAGAAAGAUUUACUUACCUCGUAGCUGCAAUCUUGUCCAGUACUGGCAUCACUUCAAUAGCUGCCAUGUCUGUUUAUUACAGAUUCUCUUGGCAAAUGGAGGGUGGAGAAUUUCCUGCUUUGGAAAUGUUUGGUACUUUUGCUCUUUCAGUGGGUGCCGCUGUGGGGAUGGAGUUCUGGGCAAGGUGGGCACAUAGAGCAUUAUGGCAUGCAUCAUUAUGGAAAAUGCACGAGUCCCACCAUAAAUCGAGGGAGGGUCCGUUUGAGUUGAACGAUGUAUUUGCAAUAAUAAAUGCAGUUCCAGCAAUUGCGUUGUUGUCUUAUGGGUUCAAUAAUAAAGGCCUACUUCCUGGUCUCUGUUUCGGUGCUGGACUCGGAAUAACAGUUUUUGGAAUGGCGUAUAUGUUUGUACAUGACGGUCUAGUUCAUCGUCGAUUCUCAGUAGGCCCAAUUGCCAACGUCCCCUACUUGCGAAGAGUUGCUGCUGCUCACCAGCUUCAUCACUCGGAUAAAUUUGGUGGCGUUCCUUAUGGACUGUUUCUGGGACCCAAGGAACUGGAAGAGAAAGAAGGAGGCUUGGAAGCGCUGCAUACGGAGGUUCAAAGAAGGAUUAAAGCAUCAUGUUAAAAUAAUUAGUUUUAUGCCGUAAAGGAAACAUCUUUUUUUAUUUUUUUCCUUUCCUGCUUCCCUUUUCUUUAGAAAAAAAGAAAAAAUUGUAUUGGUAUCCGUUUGUUUUAAUGAGAAUGUUAGUCCAUGUAGACUAUAACCUGAAAAA